CAGCACCGUCUCACAACAGUUACAAACCACACGAACUUGCGUGAACGGGUGGUCUGCUAGCAGCGGUUGUUAUGCAGAUAUUUGUUAGCUGGUGUACUCGUUCAGGAUUUUAGGCACGCUGUUUAGUGAUUCACAGUUAUAACGAUGGUUUUUCUGAGGGCUCAGCACAUUAAGUUUUUCCAGAGAUGUCUCACUGUUCUCCCCUGCGCUAUGUCAUCUUUGGACGAAAUGAGAAUGACUGUAGCAUAUUUCGCAGUUUCUGGACUGGAUCUGCUCAACGCUCUCGAUACAAUAGAAAACAAAAAACACAUCGUCGAGUGGAUAUACUCGCUUCAGGUCUUGCCUAAUAAGGACCGGACUAAUCUUGACCGCUGCGGUUUCAAGGGAUCUCAUGCUACUGGCUUUAAAGGGAACGACUUGGAUGAUAAUGCCAGCAAUUUUAACUGUGGCCACAUUGCCAUGACCUACACUGCCUUGGCCACCCUCGUUAUCCUCGGUGAUGACUUGAGCAGAGUGGACAAGUUUGCCAUCAUGCAAGGUCUCAAAGCACUCCAGCAAGAGUCUGGAAGCUUUACAGCUCUCAUCCACAGAACUGAGGACGACAUGCGAUUUGUCUACUGUGCUGCGGCAAUAUGCUGUUUGCUGCACGACUGGUCUGGAUUUGACAAAGACAAGGCUGUGAGCUUCAUUCGAAGCUGUUAUGGCUACGAUGGAGGGAUAUCGCCGUAUCCAGGAACAGAAUCGCAUGGGGGCUCGACAUACUGCGCGGUGGCCUCACUCAUCCUCAUGGGGCAGCUGCACUCAGCGCUGAGUGAACGACAGUUACGCAACCUGCAGCGAUGGUGUCUGAACCGGCAGUUGACGGGAUUCCAGGGUCGUCCGAACAAACCCAUCGACACUUGUUACUCUUUUUGGGUAGGCGCAGCCCUCAAGCUUCUAGGUGCCUUCCAGUUUGUUAACCACAAGGAGAACCUAGAAUUUCUCUAUUCGACUCAGGAUGGAAUCACAGGUGGCUUCAGCAAGUGGCCCGACGGUGACCCUGAUCCCAUGCAUGCCUACAUGGGCGUUGCGAGUUUGUCCCUCAUGGGUGCGGAGAAGGUGGCACCGCUUGAGCCAGGACUCAACAUCAGCCAGCGAGCAGCGGAGCAUCUGAAGAGCGUCCACCUCUCUUGGGAGUUGCUCAAGCUCAAAGCAAAUGACGCGAGUGGAGCUGGAGACAGAUGAUAGUGCGCACUGCCAGAGUGCCUAGUGCCUUCGCGGUUGUUGUUACUUUGUGGGCCAGGGCAUAUGUAGUUGUUGCACCUUUUUGGGCUGACAUAUCAUAUUUAGUGAACUUGCGGCACUGUCCUUUACUUUCUUUUUCCUUAGCUGCGGUGCUGAUGGCACCUGUUGAUAACGCCAGCAAUGGACAGCGAGCGGACUGCACCAGAUUGUUGUUAUUUCGGUUUCGUUAUAUUCUUUCUAUCACAACCAUGCUCGCGAUUCUAAAGAUAUCUUUCAACUCCAGUUUGUACAUGUGGUAUAUUGACCUGCUGGUACGCGGGUAUUGUACCGCAGAUGGUGUCCUUCUGUGAAGGCAACCAACCAUUAGAUAUUUGCGAUGACUCUCUCAGUUUGAGCAGCGCAUAAGCAGGCAUGGCGUGCCAUAUACUUUGUGCACUACAGAUUGUGAGCGUAUGUGCUCUAGGCUUGUGGAUUCGUCAAGCCUUCGUAGUGUGUAAUGUGUUUGUAAACACUUCUGCUGAUGUUGUGCACCACACCUGCAGUUAUUCUUCCUGCAGAAUUAACUCAUGCCUGCAUAACUGUGCUGGAAGAUAAUUUUCUGUGUUAUUUUAAGCAGAAACUCUGAGCUUUUGUACAAUCUAUUUAGGAAUGCACACAAUUCCUGUGAGCUUACAUUCAUGCUUUCUAUUUCGCAGUGUUGAAAACUGAACAGGUGUGAUCUUAUGCUGUUGCUGAUGUAGUUCAAUGAUUAGGAGUGUAGGCUUUGUUCCAUGCUGUUUAAAGCUGGUUCAUGGAAAUGUGUACUGCCAAGAUAUGCAUAGUUCAUGCGAAUACUUAUUUCUCUGGUCAUUUCACUUUUGUAUCUCAUUCACUGCUAUUGUGAUUACAGUCACAACUGCUUUAAAUGUUUUAAAGUAUAAAUAUUGCUAGUUUUUGUCCAAAAUGCACAACUCAAUACCCUUGCGUUUUGGCUUCGAGCCACUAUGCUUUAUUUAAUCCAAAGACACUUUUUCUGUCUGUGAGAUUUUCAUUUCAUUUCUGCCUGGCAAGGAGUUAAUGACUGCUUACUCCUAUUUUUUUUAUUCAACCGUCUUUGUACAGUAGCUCUUGUGCAAAUGGAGUGGUGUUCUUGUUAUAAAAUAUUUAUAUUUUAUGAUGACGAAGCCAGUGUAGACUGGAAGCUGCAUUGAAUUAAGGUACAUACGAAUUAUGAUUAUUUUUGUAUGGUAUGCGAGUUGACACUUAUCAACCUUUCCCAUGUGUGGCAAAAAUCAUUUGAUAUUAGGUAUGGAUAUGGAUUAAAACAUUUUAAACCCAGAUAAUUCCCAGUCUUUACUCAAUUGGUUGCCGUGGUUUACAUGCAUAACAUCUAAAAACAAAGAUUUGGCUGUCUUUAUCUGGAGAUCAUCAACACUGCCACAUUGAAAUGGCAACAGUGCUGAAGGUGGCAUUUAUGAAGUAAGUCUCUCUGUUUCUAGCAAUUUAGAAUUUCAGUUUUUAUCCUUGUUUUUUUAACAUGCUGCAAGCAAACAAGGGUUAUGAUUGUUGUGGCCAGAAAUAUGCCACUGUGAUAUAAAGAGAUGUCACUGAGCACACAAGCUAACAUCAGACAAGCACAUGCGAAAUUUUGAAAAGGCAUGUCGCUUGUUACUUCUCUGAUGUGACGUCAGUCGAUUGACUAUUUCAAGGGGCCCUUGAACCACAUUUCUUUGAAGCUUCAAAAAUGCCUUUGGACGAGUAUGGUACCUCCCGGGAAUAUAUUACCGAAAUAAUUUUUGAAAAAGAUCUAGUACGAGCGUAGAUAGUUUGAGUGCGGUAUUUACCUUUCUCAUUCACCCUCAAUGUCCUCCGUUCUGAAGAAGUGGAGGGUCGACGGUAGCGAUAGAGCGCCUGCGGCAUUACGGCAAGCGGGCUUGUAGCGGCAAGCUAGCCGCCGCAGUAUUUAUGCUACUCGGCAGACGCAGCUAGGUGUGGCUACAUGCAACUGUGAGUGCAUAGCAAGGCUGGAGUGCGAGCUCGGGUGCGCCAGCCUGGCCGUGCUAUGUAGUGUGGACCAGGCUUUGUCCUGCAUGGAUAGUAGGCAAAUCCAUAUUGCACACUUUGUAGCAUUCAAUAUGAAGCACAUCUAGCCAGGAUCGGUCGCUGUCAGGAGUGGCCAUGCACUGGUGCAUGUUCCUUGUUAAUGCUAACUGCUAUUCAUUGCGAGGCACAGCAGACAUAGCCUCCGUGUGAUCUGGGCUUAAGUUUCGCGUAGUUGGAAGCUAGUCGAGUGCCCUAGACUAAUCAAAUUAGCGAGAACCGACAGCUACAGCACCGCGAUAAGCAGCGUGGCCAAAGUUCCAUUCAUGUGUGGGCGGGUACGGCCAAGCAUGAGCAUAUGAUAGUCGGCUCGCGCUUCUUGAUUGAUGUCGGCUAUUGGCUAAUAGCAGCCAUGUAUGGGAAUCUGCUAUGGGGCAAAAUAUGGCAGCCCUGAAAAGGAUUAGGAGAAGGCUUCCAUUGAAAAGAGAGUGUUCGAGAAAAAGGUGACUUCGCACUCUGCUUGUGAGCUCCAUGCGCCGCGCAGAAGUGCAUAAUUAGGCUGAGAUGUUCACAGCAGCAUAUGUUAUCUGCGGGAUGUGUUUUUUCACCUAGCUCAAAGGGUGGUUCAGGACCCAUUUUUAAAUAUAAUUGUAAAUAAUCCAAUAAUUCACAAAAUAGUUUGUGAAUUGCUCAAGCAGCCUUUGUCGAUAUGUACACAAUGUACUAUUGUGAAAGGGAACAAUUGAUUUGUGUUCAGGCUGUGAAACAUCCUUGCUAUUUGUCGUGAAAUGAUGACACUUUCUUGAACACAUGAUCUACUUAGCAUGUAUCCGGAAGUGGCGUCCCAACUUGUGCUUCUGAAGGAAUUAUUGUUCAAAUGUCAAUGAGGUGUUCCCUUUCAUAGCACCCCCUGUACUAAUGAAUAAUUAAGCACUGCACGACUGACGCUUGCAUUUUAUUGCUUUGUGUAACAUUAAACCACUCCUGUGUUUAGUGUAAUGAAUAACUGUUAAGCCUUGUUAAACACACUUUUGUUAGCCAUAGUGCAGGAAUCCUCACAUAGUUCUGCAAGUUUAUUAAAUGCAACUUGCACCGACAAAAGGACACUGCUACUUUUUGCUAUUCAGCUUGGAGCUACCAUUGCCAGCCACCCAGGAUUUGACAAAACACGAAGCGGUAUUCUGAAUGACAAGAAAUGCUUAUCCAUAUUUCUAGCAUGCACUCUUCGUGACCUACAGCAUAGAAAACGUUGAGAAUGUGUUGCCGAAAUGUGACUAGAAAUAAUUUUAGGAAAGAAAGGAUUCCGGCCUAUGCAGUGCUAUCAUGCGUGACACAAAGGGAAACAUGCUGAAGGCCACAACCUCCUCAGACAUACGAAGAAAACCCAGUGACACGUUUUCAGCUCAUCUUUGUUACCGACUGGUAUAUAUUACAAACCUAAAAGACCUCGUUUUCCAUUAUUCCAAGGUUAGAUGCACAAGCAGCAUUUCUAUGCUCACGGACUAAGCGACCAUUUCCAUUAGUCUGCCCAGCUAAGAACUGCUUUUGCUGGACUUGAACACUAAAUGAAGGCACAUCGUUGUGCGUGUUACGUUCAUGCUGGAUCCUGGAUUUGCAACAUCAUCUUGAAGCAUUUGAAAUGUACUUAAUCAGUGUUUUCCAUUGUUUGCACAUUCCCGAAAUGCCACCCUCAGAGCACCAGUUUGCAUUUGCGAAACAAGAAAACAAAGUGUUAGGGUGCUAAACCUAACAAGUAGAGAGGGUGUUCCAUCACAGUGAUAGAAUGCAUGCCACAAAUUCGUGCACUAUCAGUGCAGAGUGUGCAGGGACAUUAUUGUGGUGCAGAAUCCAGCACACCUUUUUGACAAAUUUGGCCACAUGUAGAGUACACAAUCUCUCAUAUGCUUCAGGACAGUCAUGUAGAAAGCUGCAUUCACAGUUUGACCGUCAGGUGCAAAUUUAUGGUGCACAAUUCCAUGGCAGUCAAAAGAAACACUAUCAACAUGACUGAUAUUUGCUUUAACAUUCCUCGCUUCUUUGGCCUUGGCUCAUCUUUCUUUUUCUCCUCCUUGCUCUGUGUCUUAGGCUCGAUGUCAUAUUCGUAAAUCCAAGUUUCGUCACUGGUGACGACCCUUUGCAAGAAUUUAUAGCUGUUGUCUGAAGUUUUCUAUUCAAUACAACAUUCUUUUCGUCACAACUUUUGCUCAGGAGUUGCCAGCUUCAGCACCAUCUUUGCACAAACCUUUUUCAUUUCAAAUUUCCAGUCAAAAUUCCAUGUACGAACGACAUUCCCAAACUAAGUGCUUCUGAUAUCAUUCUAACAGUCAUUCGGUAGUCACUGAGCACAAGAGAACGCACACAUAAGACGUUUUCAUCUUUGCACAAGUUGGAGGGGAGUGAGUCCUGAUCUUGCACCAUCUUAGUGUCUUCACGGCCUUCCCGAAAACGCUGAAUUUGAAUGCAGUUCUAGUCCAGUCCAGUUCAGUUUAGUCAGUUCAUUCAAGUUCAGUCCAUUCAAAUCCAGUUCCAUAGGCCUUUUGCAACAUUUGACGAAUACCUGCACCAUGCUUGCCCAAUUUCACAAGAAAGUUUACACUGAUCCUUUGUUCCUUCGACCUCCAUUUCAACAAAGACUAAAAAUGGGUUGCACAAAAAGUGCACGCAUUAUAUUCUGCCUUGUCAUACGGCAGUCCGGCUCGUACUAAAGGUCAACCAGGUCCUUUUGAGUGGCUGAAUCCAUGCACUGAUGGCAAAGCAAAAGAAAGCGAUACAUGGUGGAGCUAGUUGAUCAGAAACGACUUGUGGAAAAUGCAAAGCUGCCCCGUACUGGCCAGUGAAAAACAAAUCCUCUGUCACAGAGCAUAGAAACCUGCUUCAGAUUGUCCGGUAGAAUUCACUGUUAAUGUUGUGGUGCACACUGUUGCACUUUUGUUGUACAAGGUGCCACUUGAAUCUUAUGCACACUAGAGCUGAUCACGGUA